AAACCCUAACGCGAAGAACCAAAACCCUAACAAAGGACAACAACGUUAUACUGACACCGCUUCCUCACUCACUUCAUUCUUCUAUGGGGCGUCGAAAGAACCAGAACAAUCAGCCUAAUCAGAGCUCAAUGACCUCGAAUCAACCCGCCAAAAUCAGGUUUCCCGACAAUGAAGACGAGGAAGAUGAUGCCCCCGAGAACUCUAAUGUGGACGAGAUCAUGUGCGACCUGGAGGAGACCGCCAACACGCCGCCGGUCGAGGACUCCUUCCCCGAAGGCGAUGAUAAGACCAGCGCCGACUAUUACUUCGACUCCUACUCUCAUUUCGGGAUUCAUGAAGAAAUGUUGAAGGAUGUGGUCAGAACAAAGACAUAUCAGAAUGUUAUUUAUCAGAACAAGUUCUUAUUUAAAGACAAAGUAGUUCUCGAUGUAGGGGCUGGCACUGGUAUCUUGUCCCUGUUUUGUGCUAAAGCGGGGGCCAAGCAUGUCUAUGCGAUUGAGUGCUCCCACAUGGCAGACAUGGCAAAGGAGAUUGUUGAAACAAAUGGAUUUUCUAAUGCCAUAACGGUUUUAAAGGGGAAAGUUGAAGAAAUCGAUCUCCCAGUUGCCAAAGUAGAUAUAAUUAUAUCAGAGUGGAUGGGGUACUUCUUAUUGUUUGAGAACAUGUUGAACACAGUUCUCUAUGCCCGUGAUAAGUGGCUUAAUAAUGAUGGCUUGGUUUUACCAGACAAAGCUUCGCUUUACUUAACAGCCAUCGAGGAUGCAGAGUACAAGGACGACAAGAUCGAGUUUUGGAAUAGUGUUUAUGGGUUCGAUAUGAGCUGCAUCAAGAAGCAAGCCAUCAUGGAACCCCUCGUGGACACAGUUGAUCAGAACCAAAUUGUUACAAACAGCCAGCUAUUAAAGACAAUGGAUAUUUCUAAAAUGACUCCUGGGGAUGCUUCGUUUACGGCUCCUUUCAAGCUCGUGGCUGAACGAGAUGACUACAUCCACGCUUUGGUGGCAUACUUUGAUGUUUCAUUUACGAAGUGCCAUAAGUUGACUGGCUUCUCCACAGGGCCUCGCUCAAGGGCAACACAUUGGAAGCAGACUGUCUUGUACUUGGAGGAUGUGAUAACGAUAUGCGAGGGAGAGACAAUCGUCGGGAGCAUGACGGUGGCACCGAACAAGAAAAACCCCCGAGACGUUGACAUCAAGCUCAAGUACUCAUUCAACGGACGUCGCUGCUCGGUCUCCCGAGUCCAGUUCUAUAAGAUGAGAUGAUUAAUAUGUUGGUGGUGACGAAUAUUCGGUUUCUUUACAUCCCCAUAAUUAAGGGGACAGGGGUCUUCUAUCUGUUGGGUACUGUUUGUCCGGUCAAAAUUUAUUAAUCUUAUAAGAUUUUGCAACUUAUCUAUUCUUUCAUCAUCUAUGUUAUCCGUUUGAUUGAUCUCAUGUA